AUGUCGUCCUCUGCAGCGCCAGUGCAGCCGCCGCCACCACGCCCGGUGCGCUUCGGCAUCCUGGGCUGCGCUGACAUCGCGCGUAAGAUCUCGCGCGCAAUGCGGAUGCUCCCUCCGGGCGCCGCCACCGUUGCCGCCGUAGGCAGCCGCUCCGAGGACAAGGCCCGCCGCUUCGUCGCCGAAAUCGGCUUCCCCGCGGCGCGCGUCCACGGCUCCUACGAGUCCCUCCUAGGGGACCCGGACGUGGAGGCCGUGUACCUCCCACUCCCCACCAGUCUCCACGUGCCCUGGGCCACAGCCGUCGCCGCGCGUGGCAAGCAUCUGCUCCUCGAGAAGCCCACCGCGCUCUGCGCCGCCGAGCUCGACGCCAUCCUCGGCGCCUGCGACGCCUCCGGGAUCCAGUUCAUGGACACCACCAUGUGGAUCCACAACCCGCGCACCGCCAAGAUGCGGGAGAUCGUCAGCGACAAGGAUGCCUUCGGCGACAUCAGAGUGAUAAACAGUAUGUGCGGCUUUCGGGCAUCCGAAGAAUUCCUCAAGAAUGACAUCAGGGUAAAGCCAGACCUUGAUGCCUUGGGUGUUCUCGGUGAUGUUGGAUGGUACUGCAUCCGUUCAAUCUUGUGGGCUGUUGACUAUGAGAUGCCCGAGACCGUGAUCGCUCACCGUCAUCCUGUCAAGAACCAAGCUGGCGUGCUUCUUGCUUGUGGUGCAACAUUGUACUGGGCAGAUGGCAAGACUGCAAAUUUCAACUGCUCAUUUCUUACUAACCUCGCUUUUGACGUCACCUUAUAUGGCACAAACGGUACUCUCCAUGUCACUGAUUUGGUCAUUCCGUAUGAAGAAAAUUCUGCGGAGUUCAGUGUGGCCUCAAAGUCAAACUUUAUCAAACCCACCAUCGGAUGGGAUCCAUUGCCAAGGAAGCAUGUUGUUACUACAGAUCUGCCACAGGAGGCGCUCAUGGUCCAGGAAUUCACAAGGCUUGUGCAGAACAUCCGGGACGCUGGGGGCAGGCCUGAGGGUAAGUGGCCGGCUAUCACCCAGAAGACGCAGUUGGUAUUGGAUGCCGUGAAAGCUUCUAUUGACAAGGGAUCUGAACCAAUUGAGGUUGCCAGCUAA